AAAGCACACAUUCCUCUUCAAAGCCUCCCGCUCCGCCAUAACCGACCUCAGAUGAUGCUUUAUUAAAGGACGGGCGACCAAACAACCGCGUUCGCCCUCUAUUUAAAGUAUCGCAUAGCGUUUUUGCGUUUGACGUCGUCUGUUCAGCUGAGUGUUGUGUGUUGUCCUAGAUCACCAUAUAAUCCCAGCUAGCUCGCCAUGUAGCUGGCUAGCGAGUUUGUGAGCCGUUAAUCGAGCCAUGUUAUGAAGAAACUGAAUAAUAUAUGGUUAUGGAUACUUAGGAGGACGAGAAACUGGGCAAGACAUGGACUUGCAUGAAGAUAAUCAGGAAUCGGAGCACAGCCGAUUGUCUCACCAUAAUGAAAGGAAGAUCUCAGAAACCCUUAAAUCUGGGAAGCAGGAAAUCUAUGGAAAGGACAUGGGGAACUCGGCUGGGGAUCAUGCACAAAGCAGAACUCGAGAGCCGGCUGGAGAUCCAGUCCGCAAUGGGUUUUCAGACGGAGAGCGCAGCAGUGCCUCGUUCUACUCUGAUGAUUAUGAAAACGCCUCCCAUUCAGAUCGGUCACUCUCACCUUCAGCUUCUCCAUCGCCCCUCAGAAGAGGGAGAUCUAGAAGAGUUUCCAGCAGCCCUUUGCAUAGGACAGGUGUGCAUAAAGGUGCAUCUCGCCGUAUCCUACCCCACUCCCAUCAUUCUCAGCAGCGAGCAGGAGCAAUCCGAUCCCAAAGUUUGAGCAAAGACGCUCCACCCAAAGAAGUGGACCAGGUCACUAAGCGCAUGCUGUCUGCGCGUCUACUAAAGAUCAACGAGUUGAAGAAUGCAUUGUCUGAGCUGAGAUUGCAUGCGGACGAGCUGCAGCGAGAGAACCGUUUACUGCGACAACUGCAGCUCCGGCAAGAGAAAGCUCUGCACCGUUACAAUGACACGGACAGCGAGAUCUCACAGCUGCUGGCUCGUCACAACAAUGAGACUUACGUGCUGCGCGAGAGAUUGCGACGCAGUCAAGAGAAUCAACGCACAGCUGAGCGCAGCCUCAGGGAAAGAGACACUCAGCUCCAACGCUGCCGCAGCCAGAUGCAGAAGCUGCAACAACUCGCAGAUGACCAGAAUCUUGGAGAGAGAGAGGAACUCUCGCGAAAACUGAUCGGCACUCAAAGCAGAUUGCAAGAUAGUGAACACAGAGUGAAGGAAUUGGAGAAGAACAUGGAGCUGAGUAGCGGGAGCUUUCAGAGGCAGCUUGCUAAUGAGAGGAGGAAAACUCACGAUGUACAACAGGAAGUUAAAGCACUGCAGGAGGAGGUGGAGAGACUUUGCACUAAACUAAAGGAGAAAGAAAAGGAGCUGGAUUCCCGAAACAUCUACGCUAACAGGAUGCAUAAAGCUUCUUCCAGAAAAGAAGCAGAGAAUGGCAGUAAACGGAAAGGCUUUAAUAUAACCAGCACUAAAGCAGUACAGACAGAGGACAGAACAUCCUCAUUGGAUUUCCCAUCGCCACCCCCAGCUCUUGUCAAUAAUCUUCCACCUGAUGACCAGACUGAUGAUUACCUUUCUCUGAAGGUUCAAAAGCCUACUGUGAAUCACAGGGUAAAAAAGCAGGAUCAGCAAAGCAGAGAGCACAGGACGAGAGAAUCAAAGGAAUGGAAGAUUCAAGAGUUUUGGAGAGAAAGGGAGAAAGAAAGACACAUGGAAUCUGCAAGAGAACAGGAGAAAGAAAAAGAGACACUGCAUAAGAGAGAAAGAGAAACUGAGUUGCUGAAAGAUGUGGAGAGGCAAAGACUAGAUCAAGAUCUCAGCUCAAAUGAGAAGAACUUCAAUAGAAACAGAGUAGGCCUAAACAGAGAGGAGGAAGACGGGAGGAUUGACCUGUCUGUGUCUCAGAAGGAAAAAGAGAUCCAAAAGCAGCGUGAUCUGGAAGAGGAGCAACAAAAAGUGAGAAAUCUGGACUUCAAUCAGGAGCGUGUGGAAGAAGAACGUCAGCGCAAAGAGCAGCUAUUGGCUAAAAUGCGUGAGAUUGACAUUCAAACUCAAGGUCAGGACUCCGACUUCUUUUCCGAUGACACGGGAAGUGUCCGCUCUCCUCCACGAUUGUCUGAGCAACGAAACCACAAUGGUUUUUUCAAGUUGACAGAGCCAGAUGAAAACACAAACACAUUUUCAAGUGGAAGAAGAGGAGGUGGUCUCCGAGCUCAGGCACCCAACGAGGAUAUUGAUCUUGCUUUCGGCAGCUACGCACCUUCUUUUGGUAAAUCCACCCCACGUGCAAGUUUAGGGACACGAAAUGCACAAAAUCAGUCCCCUCGAGAACCUGAUGAAGGGCUGGAUCUGGGUGGCCUGGUCAAAGAGAGGAAGUCUAACCUCAUGCAGCAGCUUUUUGGGGCCACUGCAACUCCACCUCCAUCAGACCCAUCCAGCAAGAUGGAGAUCCUGAGCCCUCCUCUAACAACACAGUUUUCAGGACGCAGGAGGGACACAGACACACCGAAUGAACUAAACAUCAGUUCUCUCCCCAACAACAGGAGCACUCUACAAGUCUCAGAGAGCCGACCCGCGGUCAGGGCCAUUACAUCAUUUGAUGAUGAUAUAGAGGAACUCACACUCUGAAUAGUCAACAGUCAUUUUAUUGUCAGUACAAACAUACAAACAGAGAUACGAUAGUCCUCUUAUAUUUGGUUUUCUGCUCUGAUUAAACAUUGCCUAGUUUGCUGACAUGAUUCUUUUGUAACACCUCUGGAAAAAUCAGGCAAAGGGACCAAAAUGAAUGCUUGCCAUGGCCUGGAUGAAGAA